AUGGCGGCUCUAGAGAGAUUCCUUGGCGACGACGUUGCAGAAAUUUAUAAAAACGCAAAAUUUCUUUCAGAGCAGGAGUCUAAAAAUGAUCCAGAAGACGAACCCUAUCGCUCAAAGUACAAAGCUAGGGAGCUAUAUAAAGAAAUUAGCAGUAGAAUCAAAGACAAAUUAACUGGGAUUUCAAAUGUUGAUUCCGAAGAGUUUAAGACGCUGCUCAUUCUUUCAGUUGGUGUGGAUCAGAUUAUUGGAGUAAACUUUAUGGAUACUGAAGAACUAGCUGAAGGUGAAGAUUACCUGAUGUCAUGUCUGAAACGCAUAGAAGAGAACAAGUUAAGCCAGGCGGUAACUUUGCACAUUAGUGUAUUGAAUCAUUUAGGCAUUCUUUGGAGUCAGAGAGGAAACCUGGAAAAAUCCAUGGAGUUUUUAACAAAGGCUGAACAGUUGUAUCAUAAUUAUAAGGAAAACGUAGGGGACGCACCGGAAACUUUAACAGAAUUGCUGGAACAAGUUGAGGGUAGUGAUAGUGAGAGAGCUCACCUUCGUUGUGUGUCAUUUGAGAAUACCCAUACACUUACUUUGUAUUAUUUGGCACAAGUCUACGGUAAGGUUGAUAAGAGCGAACUGUCAGCAAAAUAUUGUCACAUGACUUUGCAGAGGCAGCUGCAGGCUGGUAAUUUUAAUCCCAUUGAUUGGGCAUUGAAUGCUGCAACGUUGUCCCAGUAUUAUCUUACUGCCGAAAAGUUUCAACAUGCCAGACAUUGCUUGGCGAGUGGGUCUUUCAUAUUUGAGAGUGCAAAGAAGAACAUUGAGGAGCUGUGUGAACAAGAAGAGGAACUUCAGCGCCAGAGGGAAGCUGAUCUUGAUCGUUGUUGGAUAAAGUAUGGCCUGGGGUUGUUAGAAGCCUCACGGGAUAAAAUGUUGAGUGAGCUUCAAGAAAAUGAAGAUGAAGACCUGGAAGGCAACACCAAAGAUGGAAAAGAAAACUCCGCAUCCCACAAUGCAGACAAACAUUCCAGGAAAUCGUCUAUAAAUGGUGAGGGUUCCCCAGAACAAACAGACAAGGAUGAUAAAACAUUUCACCAAUUUCCUUUGGAACUAACUCUUUAUGAAGAACGAAUCACAGAUAAAUUAGUUAGAACUUUUGAUGAUGCCAGAAAAAUAUUCCUGUUCGUCGUCGACAAAAUCAACAGUGCUAAACAGUUUUACUCGCUCGACUCUCACGCCAGCGAUGCUGUUGAAAUUAUUCAGGAUCACAGCCGUGCUUACAAACUGCUGGCUUUCUUUGAGCUGGACAUGAGUCGGCAGUGUAAGAUGCAUAAACGUCGGAUUGACAUGCUGUCAAGUUUAUUGAAAGAGUUAAAUCCGCAGUAUUAUCUGUUGGUAUGUCGUCAGAUCAUGUUUGAGCUAGCAGAGACUUACAGCGACAUGGUAGACCUGAAAAUCACACUCAUCGAGAUGGAGAGAACUAGAGCCACAGCUUACAGCACAGCCAAAGUCAACAAACUAGUCCAGCAGAGCAUUGAGAAGUACCAGGAGUAUGUUGAUUCUCUCAAAGGAGGCAAACCAGAACUUCCAGCAGAGUUUCCGGAAAAUGAUGUCCGCCCAGCUCUUGUGGCUUUCUUCUGCAUGGGGAGACUUUAUUCUAAACUUCUGGAACCUGAAAUUGAAAAGAGGAUUGCUGCUAUUUCCAAGAGUUUAGAGUGCUACAAGUUUGUGGUUGAUUACUGUGAAGCUCAUCCUUCGGCAGCGGACUUGUUGGUUAAUGAACUCAGCAUCUGUAAAGAAAUGGUGUCACUGUUACCUCUUAAAAUGGACAGGCUGCGUGAACAGUGUUAG